CAGCGCCUCGCACCGCUCCCAGCGCUGCCCGCGGGCCGCCCCGCACGCGGCCCCCCCUUGCGGCCGCUGCCGCCAUGGCGGAGGAGCAGGCCUGCUGCGUGGUCAGCGUCUCCGGCCCGGCCGACUCCCACCAGCCGGCCGCCGGCCCCUGGAGCUGCAGCGGGGUGGUCCUGAGCCGCGGGCCCGGGCUGGUGCUGUGCCAAGGCGCUGUCUUCGCCCCCUUCCUGCGGGAUGGCCCCGCCGCCUGGGCGCAGCCCCGCGCCCUGCCGCCCGACGCCCUCCAGCCCGGCCUGCGCCUCUUCGUCCUGCAGCCCCCGGCCCUCGGCCUCGACGCCCCGGCGACGCCGCUGCGGAGCCCGGCCGGUGGCCCGCGGCGGCACGAGGCCCGGCUCCUGGCCCUGGUGCCCUGCGGCGCCUUCCGGCGGGCGCUGGCGCGGGCCUUCGGCCAGGCGGACCGCUGGCACUUCGGCGGGGAGGCGGCGGGGGACGGCGACCCGCGGGCCCUGCACUGGUUCGCCUGGCUGCGGGCGCCCGGCCUCGACGCCCCCGGGGGCGGCUGGACGGCGCGGGUCGGCGCCAGCUGCCUGCGCAAGGGCGAGGGGCUGCUGGCCUGCGGUUCCCCCUUCGGCGCCCUCUGCCCCGACCUCUUCCUCAACACCCUGAGCAGAGGGGUGGUGAGCAACCUGGCCGGGGAGGAGAACGCCCUCAUCCUGACCGACGCGCGCUGCCUGCCCGGCACCGAGGGCGGCGGCGCCUUCCUGCCCUCGCCCGCCGGGCCCCGUCUGGUGGCCAUCAUCGCCGCCUCUUUCUGCUGGAAGGGCGCCGAGUGGGUCGGGCUCACCCUGCUCUGCUCCCUCGCCGCCAUCUUGCGCGGCAGCGCCGGCGUCCUGGACGAAGCCGGGGUGGCGGUGCCGCCGGUGCCGGGGCGGGCGGUCGCGGCGCAGGCGGGAGGCGGGCGAGACCCCCUGGGCUGGACGGCGCUGGUGGAGUGUGGGGCGGCGUGGGGCUCGGGGGUGCUGCUGGCCCCACGGCUGCUCCUCACCUGCCAGCACGUGGUGGAGGCGGGUGGCCCGCUCCGCGUGACGCCGGCGCCCGGACCCGGCCGGGCUGCCGCCGUCCUCGGGGGACACGUGGUGUUUGCCACCGAGGAGUCGUCCCCCUUCGACGUGGCAGUGGUGGAGCUGGAGGAGAGCGUGCUGGGCUUCGUCCCCCCGUGCCUGGCGGACACCUUCCUCCCAGGAGAGGAGGUGAGCGUGGUGGGCUUCGGGGCGCUGGGGCGGGCGUGCGGCCCCUCCGUGACAGCGGGGGUCCUCUCGGCCGUGGUGGCGGUGGCCGGGCGCCCCAUCAUGCUGCAGACGACCUGCGCCGUCCACGGGGGCUCCAGCGGCGGCCCCCUCGUCUCCUCCCGCAGCGGAUGCCUCCUGGGGAUCGUGGCCAGCAACACCCGGGACACCGGCGUGGGGGCCACCUACCCCCACCUCAACUUCUGCAUCCCCGCCACCGUCCUGCAGCCCCCCGUCAUGCGCUACCACCGCACUGGCAACCCCGAUGCCUUCGCCGCCCUCAACCGGGCAGGCGAGGGGGUGCGGGCGGCAUGGCGGCUCCAGCGGCAGCCGGGACCCCCCAGCAAGCUCUGACCCACCUCCCGGGGGGGUUUGUGCCGGGGACGGGGCUGCCACGUCCCCCCUUUGGCCCCGGCGGUGGUGAAGCCGAGCCCCUGGUCCCCGGGGGGGCCGGCGGAGGCUGGGGGUGC